AUGUCACAGGCUUUGUCAGGCCAUGGCUGUUUUCAAGCAUACUUAACCGAGAGGACUAGAGCGCAAAGUCCGUCGUGCAUGCACUGCACUGCAGCCUACAAUGACGCUGAGCUCACCAUCUUCCUCUGCCCCUUCUGGAACGAGUCCCGAGCGGAACUGACGAGAUCCCUCGGUAGACCACCUCGCCCCGAGGAUGUGGCUGAUCUUAUGUGUGGUCCUAGGCAAGAGGAUCUUCCAACGGAGGGACGCCAUCAGGUCAGGCUGCUGGCAGCAGAGAAGAGGAACUCCAGUCUAUUUGCAGCGAUGAUCGAGUCCAUCAUGGGCCAAAAGGAGGCGCUGGAGUGA